AUUUGAAGCCAUAAAAACACAAUAAUGGGAGAACCAGCAACGGAAGAGCCAAGCCGGCUGAGCACCGCAAGCCUAUCAUCAUCACCUUCAAAUCAUAUACCUUCUCCCCCCCCACCAUCAUCUUCCCUCCUUGAGCCGUCUGUCACUAAACGAAAAGGUAGGCCAGAAAAGGUCAUCCGUGUAAUGCGUUCUGUUUUCCGAUCAUUCCCAAUCAUCACCCACCCCGUGUGCAAGUUCCCGUCGAUACCCUAUGGUGCAAGAUUCCUCGAUGGAAGCCGUGGUGGAGGAGGAUCACGCGUGACGGGGACACUCUUCGGGUACAAAAGGGGACGUGUUAGCCUCUCUAUACAAGAAAGCCCCGGGACAUUGCCAAUGUUGGUGGUCGAGAUGGCGAUGCAGACUUAUGCGUUACAGAAGGAAAUGAGCAAUGGGAUGGUAAGGAUAGCAAUGGAAUGCGAGAAGCGGGCGACAGAUAAGGAUACGAAGAUGUUGAAACUUCUAGAAGAACCGGUUUGGACAAUGUUUUGUAAUGGGAAAAAAUUGGGGUACGGGAAGAAACGUGAGGCAACAAAGGAGGAUUUAGGCAUUAUGGAGUCAUUGAAGUUUGUUUCAAUGGGUGCUGGAGUUUUGCCAGGGAAACCAGAUGUGGAUGGACCAGACGGUGAGAUCGCGUACGUUAGGGCACAUUUUGAUCGGACUGUGGGGUCCAAGGACUCAGAAACAUUGUAUAUGAUAAGUCCCGAUGUGAAUAACGGUCCAGAAUUAAGUAUUUUCUUUGUAAGAUUAUGAUAUACUUGUAAUGAUGAUGAUGAAGAUAAUGAUGAUAACACAAUUAAAUGAUUUGUGUAUGUUUUAAGACUACAUAUAUGAAAAACGC